AUGAGAACUUCUGUGGCUUUGCUCUUUGCUCUGGGCUUUUUGGGCGAGUCCUCGGCCUGGUUCUGGCCCAAGAGUGACACUACGACCGUGGCCCCCAGUACCCCGGAGCCUCCGGAGGGAUCUGGAAGUCUGGUGGGAGCCGGAGGAAGUGGAGAGCAACCGGAAAACGCGAGGAAAGCGGAAGAAGCCGGUGACGAUUUGAGCCAAAAUGGCGGACGAAAUUGGGCCACGAUGGAGACGCCGCAAUUGAGGACGCCGCUGCCGCCGGACGAGGAGAGAGUGACUCCGGGUGCUCCGUCACAACAAGACUCGGAAAACAGUCAAAUCAGCGACCAGGAACUAACUAAACCAUCUCGAACUCAAGGAAACUACAAAAAUACCAACAGAGAGCUAGCCACGCCUUCUCCGACUUUAGAAGACCAUAAAACUAGCGAUCAGGAACCAGCUAACCCUCCUCCAACUAUCAGCGAUGACAUUAGCGACCAGGAAGGGACCGCUCAGCCUCAGUGCAUUCUAGUGACCACAGCUUUACCGUUUUGCUCGCACCUUUCUGGUAAAACCGUCGCUUUUCCGAACGUUCUGAACCAAACGCGAGUGGAGGAGGCGGUGAGGACGCUCCGUGAGUGGGCGUGGCUCCUGCAGAAGAAAUGCCACCACAGCCUGGAGUGGUUCUUCUGCCUCCUGUUGGUGCCCGAGUGUAAUGGCGAGCUAGCGGUGCCGUGCCGUAGCUUCUGCGCGGUGUUGCAGGACAGCUGCUGGGAGGUCCUGGACCAGGGGAGUCUGCCGCUGGACUGCCAGGCUCUACCAGAGGAGCAGUGUCUGUCCGUUAGUAACCAGAAAGGUCUCAGACAUGGUGUUUUGCUCGAUGAACUCUCUUUUCUCUCCCUCCUCUCUCCUCUCCCUCCUCUCACUCCUCUCUCUCCUCUCUCCCUCCUCUCACUCAUCUCCCUCCUCUCACUCCUCUCUCCCUCCUCUCACUCCUCUCUCUCCUCUCUCCCUCCUCUCACUCAUCUCCCUCCUCUCACCCCUCUCUCCCUCCUCUCACUCCUCUCUCCCUCCUCUCACUCCUCUCUCUCCUCUCUCACUCCUCUCACUCCUCUCCCUCCUCUCACCCCUCUCUCCCUCCUCUCUCUCCUCUCCCUCCUCUCACUCCUCUCUCCCUCCUCUCUCCUCUCCCUCCUCUCCCUCCUCUCUCCCUCCUCUCUCCUCUCCCUCCUCUCACUCCUCUCUCUCCUCUCUCCCUCCUCUCACUCAUCUCCCUCCUCUCACCCCUCUCUCCCUCCUCUCUCUCCUCUCCCUCCUCUCACUCCUCUCACCCCUCUCUCCCCUCCUCUCUCCUCUCCCUCCUCUCCCUCCUCUCUCCCUCCUCUCUCCUCUCCCUCCUCUCUCUCCUCUCCCUCCUCUCACUCCUCUCUCUCCUCUCCCUCCUCUCACUCCUCUCUCUCCUCUCCCUCCUCUCACUCCUCUCUCUCCUCUCCCUCCUCUCACUCCUCUCCCUCCUCUCCCUCCUCUCUCUCCUCUCACUCCUCUCUCCCUCCUCUCCCUCCUCUCUCUCCUCUCCCUCCUCUCUCUCCUCUCUCCCUCCUCUCACUCCUCUCUCUCCUCUCCCUCCUCUCCCUCCUCUCUCUCCCUCCUCUCCCUCCUCCCUCCCUCCUCUCUCCACCUCUGACUCCUCUCUCCACCUCUCACUCCUCUCUCUCCUCUCCCUCCUCUCUCUCCUCUCUCCUCUCCCUCCCUCCUCUCACCCCUCUCUCUCCCUCCGCAGAGGACAGUGGGGUCUCUCUGCUGCAGCUGAUUGGAGACCCGCCUCCAGACGAGAUCUCGCAGGUCUUCGGUCCGGACGACGCCCCUGGGUAUGUGUUUGGAGUGGACUCUAACACGGGACAGCUGGCCAGGGCGCACCUCCCCAACCCCUUCCACCUCAGCUUCUCCCUCCUCUUCCACCUCAAGCCCACCUCCUCCAAAGGGGGCGUGGUCUUCUCUGUGAUUGACAGCACUCAGAGGAUCAUCUAUGUGGGCGUCAAGCUGUCGGAGGUGCAGGACAACAACCAGGAGGUGAUCUUGUUCCUGUCUGGUGCUGGUUCAGAGCGGUCCCAGGAGGUGGCUCGGUUCCCUCUGAGGUCCCUGCAGGACCAGUGGACCCGCCUGGCUCUGUCUGUGGAGCAGGACACAGUGCGGUUCUAUCUGAACUGUGAGAGAGAGCCUCAGGUGACGCGGCUGCAGAGGCCCCUGGGAGCCCUGCCUCUAGAGCCAGGGGCCGGGGUGUUCGUGGGACAGGCCGGAGGAGCGGACCCCGAUAAGUUUGAGGGGGUCAUCAGUGAGCUGCGAGUCGUGGGAGAUCCUCGAGCUGCAGAACGACAGUGUGAAGAUGACGAGGACGAUGAAGAACUGGCGUCUGGAGAAGGAAGUGGAGACGACUCGACCACGAGCCACGGAGGAGCAACAUUUACAACGGCGCCUCCUCCAAUCAGAGAACCUCCUGUGACGAGACCAUAUGAGCCUGAGCCUCGUAGGACAGGACCCACGGGACCCAGAGGAGAGAAGGGUGACACUGGAGAGACAGGGCAGAAGGGCGAGCAAGGAGCCCAGGGAGAGAAGGGAGAUAGCAGCAGCAGAGGAGGAGCAGGAGGCGGAGGAGGUGGAAAGGUAAACAAGGAGGAGGAGGAGGUGUAA